AUGGCCAAAUCGUCACAGUUCGCUUGGUUUCUGAAUCGUCUCCGCUACAUCUUUACUCGUCAUUUGCUUCUUACAAACAUUGGUGCGAGUUGCGCGCAAAUCGGCACUGCUGACAUCAUCCAGCAGCACAUCAAUGGUGACGUGAAGGAGAAUGGAUGGGAUUGGCGUCGGACGUGUCGAAUGGCAGCCAUCGGGCUCGUUAUGGCGCCGGCGCUUCAUUGCUUCUAUCGAAUAUUGGACAGUCGCAAGUUUAAAGGGACAAAACAGCAGCAAGUUUUGAAAAAGCUUGCCUGGGACGCCACAUUUAUGCCAUUUUUCUCUUGCACAUUCAUUACAGUGGGCUCACUAUAUGAAGGAAAAUCGUUCGCCGCCGCAUUUUCCGAGUACCGCCGAAAAAUGUGGCAUAUAUGGAAAGUCGACUACACCCUUUGGCCUCCCGCUCAGCUAAUUAAUUUCUAUUUUCUUCCGCCGGCGCUGCGUGUCGUUUACGUGAAUUUAGUAUCAUUGGUUUAUAAUUGCAUCAUGUCUUAUAUCAAGAAUAAUGAUUUGCAUCAUCGCACAAUGAUGGAUUAA